GUAGUAGUAUGUAUGAUAGUAUCACACUCGCUAGCAUGACAGCAUCGAAUGGCCUCCAGUAUUUUAUCCGUUGGUGGAUUCUCCUCCAUGGUUCUACUUCUACCAAUGGCUUCCCUUCAGCUUCCCGCCAUCUCCAUCUCCCCUCUUCCCGCUAAUAAUCAAGCCCUUCUCAUCUCUCCCUUCACCGGACAACUCGCUUCAUAUCGCCGCUCCGACCUGUAUCUUUUCUCGACGGUAACUUCUCGCCGCAAAUUCCUGAAAGUUCCAGGAAUUAGAGCGGAGUCUUCGGUGAAGAGAGAACCCAUGGUCCCUCCUUACAAUGUCUUGAUCACUGGUUCGACUAAAGGGAUAGGAUAUGCUCUAGCUAAAGAAUUUCUAAAAGCAGGUGACAAUGUUAUAAUUUGCUCGAGAUCAACUGAACGGGUGGAAUCUGCAGUUCGCAACUUGAAAGGAGAAUUUGGGGAGCAGCAUGUGUGGGGUACCAUUUGUGAUGUCAGAGAGGGUAAGGAUGUCAGGGAUUUAGUUGCAUUUGCCCAAGACAAGCUCAAAUACAUUGAUAUAUGGAUCAAUAAUGCGGGAUCAAAUGCAUACAGCUUCAAACCAUUGGCAGAGACAUCAGAUGAUGAUCUCAUUGAAGUUGUUACGACAAACACUCUUGGCUUGAUGAUAUGCUGCCGAGAGGCAAUAAAGAUGAUGCUGAACCAAAGUCGAGGAGGUCAUAUUUUCAACAUUGAUGGAGCUGGCUCAGAUGGGAGACCAACCCCAAGAUUUGCAGCAUAUGGAGCGACAAAACGUAGUGUGGUGCAUCUAACAAAGUCAUUGCAAGCUGAAUUACAGAUGCAAGAUGUAAGAAAUGUAAUAGUGCAUAACCUGUCGCCAGGUAUGGUCACAACUGAUCUUCUAAUGUCCGGUGCUAACACCAAGCAGGCCAAAUUUUUCAUUAAUGUUUUGGCAGAACCAGCAGAAGUGGUAGCUGAAUAUCUUGUUCCAAGCAUCAGAUCCAUCCCAACCAAUGGAUCCAUGAAGCCCACUUACAUUCGUUUCCUGACUGGGUUUAAAGCCUACUCCCAGAUAUUUUCAAGACUUGCUUUUGGCGCAAGAAGAAACAGAUACCUACUUGAAGAUUAAAAGGAAUCAAAUAGCAUUUCUUUGUUAGGUUUUUCUUUUAAUUUAUUUAUAGAUAUUACUCAAAUUUUUGUAUGAUUUAUUCAUUUUCUUGUCAAUUAAUUGGUGUCCAUUCAUAAUUGUUUCUUUUGCUAAUUAGCAUUGGCCAGUCUGUAAAUAUAUUCACAGUUCUUUAUUUAUUCCUAUAUUUUUGGCUUGCAAUACAUAAAGGGAGAAAUUGCAGGGUGGUUUUCAGCGAA